AUGUCUGGCUUCGAUGCUGUCAGCAAGAAGAAAUUCAGCUACAACACCGUAUCGGUAGCGAGAUGGAGCGAUCCCAACGCAAGUGUGUUGCCCUUUCGCGGAGGCCCCAAGUCGCCCACUAUCUCGGCUGAAGCGGCUUCCAAGUCUUUUGUGCCCACGUAUAAGGUCAAAUAUAAGCCGCGACCACCGCCAGAGCCGACGGACGACGAGCAGUCGGAGGGAGAGGGCGGGAAGGAGGGAGGAGGUGCGUAUGAUGCAGUUGGAGAGAUGCGUGCAAUGUUCCUGACCGCUUCCGAGCACCUGCAGAGACCCCUGAAGAGCCUCCAAUCGCUGCUCCCGAGGAGAAUGGCGGAGACCCAGAGAAUGCGGCCGAGGAGACGCCUGCAGCGGCCGAGGGAGACGCUCUGCCAGCUGAAGAGCCCCCCGAGAGUGCAGAGCCGGGAGAACAACCUGCAUCCGAGGCACCAAAUGUGGAAGACGCCAGCGGCGAGGCGCCUGCCGCAGAAGCUGCUUCUGAGCCCAAUGCGGAAUCUGAAGCUCCCGCCGAAGAAGCAGCUCCUCCCGGUGCAUUUCCCGAAGACCAAGAAGAACAACCACCAGAAGCAUCCGAGCCUCCUGCAGAAGAGGAUCUGGACCCCAAUGAGAUUGUUGAAAUCAUCGAUGAAGCAGCAGAGGCUCAAGAAGCUGCCAUCGAAGACGGCAAGGGAGACGAACCACCUCCCGCAGAAGAGCCGGCCGAACAUCUUCCACCACCUGCUCCCGAACCACCAUCUCAGCCUGAAGGGGACGUCGUCGAAGUCAUCGAGCCACCGGCGGAAGGCGAUAAGAGUCCGAAGAUUGUCCAAUUCGCCCCUGGAACCCCCGAACCGAAGGAGACGCAGAGGAGGAAGAAGAGCUCGAAAGGGUCGAAGAGCAAGAAGAAGGGCAAGACCGGCGUUCCUGUAGCUCCUGCCGAACCGUCUCCGCAUGAUAUUGUGGAGAUAGUGGAGGGUCCGAUUGACGAAGAGCCACCGCCACCACCUCUUCCCGCUGUGGAGGAAGAAGUUCAAGAAGCUCCUGCUGAAGAGCCUGCGCCUGAGCUGCCAGCGCUUGAGGAUAUCAAAGAGGCUGAGGCUGAGGCUGACGUACCCGGUGAACCUGAGCAAGAAUCAGCAGCGGAACCCAGUGCGCCGAUUGAAAAUCCACCGCUUGAGGGAUCAGCGCCCCCGGAACCACCCGUUGAGCCUGCUGAAGAACCUGCGCUGCCACCACCUGAAGAGGAUGCCCCGAGAUCUUCAAAGUCAUCGAAGAAGAAAAAGAAGGGCUCAUCGAAGAAGGCCCCCAAAGAAGAGCCUCUCACCGUGGAAGAACCAGUGCCGCCACCUGAGCCUGUACAGGAAGAAGCCAUUCCCGAUCCACCUCACGAGGAACCAGCAGCCCCAGCUGAGAUUGCGCAAGAAGAAAUGCCGCCGCCACCUGUGCCACCUCCUGCCAAAGGGAAGUCAUCUUCCAAGGACAAGAAGAAGAAGAAGUCAUCAAAAAGCAGUAAAUCAAAAGGCUCGGUCACUCCUCCUGUUUCUGAAGUGCCCGCGGGAUUGGGAAUUGACUGUAGCGAUAUACCACCUCCGCCGCCUGCAGUCACUGAGCAUGUCGAAGAGGCAGCACAGCCCAACAUCCCAGAGGAGAAAGUCGAUGCGGCUGCAGAUGAGAAUCCACCUGCAGAUCAGCAGGCCGAAGUCGCCGAGUCGGAAGAUGUUGCGCCGGUGGAAUCUGAUGACGUCCCUGUCGAGGGAGAUGCAAAGGAGGAGGCACCUGACGAUGCUGCUGAGCCUACUGUCCAUGUUGGUGAAAGUCCGGAGCCGACUGAGAAAGCGGACGACGCCGCCGCCGAGGAUGCAUCACUUGAUGUAGAUGGGGACAUGGCGGAGGAUCAUGCUGGAGAUGCUGGCGAAGCAUCGACGGAGGAGGAUACUGUCGCAAAAGAAGGGGGAGCUGGGACGCCGCCUGACAGCGCCAUAGAACUUGACGAGCCGAAGGAGAGCUUGCCUGAUGAAUUGCCCGCGGACGAUGCAGCUGAACCGGAAAAGGACAAGAACGAGGAUCAAGUUGAGGGAGAUGAGGAAGACAUUGCAGAUCUGACGAGUGAGAUGACCGAGGAUGACGCCGAGGCAGAUGCCGUGGCCGAGCCCGCUGCUGGGGAAGACGAGCGACUUGUCGAGAAGGAUGCUGCUGAGCCUACUGUCGAUGAGGAUGAUGCUGCCCCUGGCAGCGAUGCCGUUGCUGACGAGGAUGUGGCCGAUGUGCGAGAGGAUGACGAUCCAGAGUCUGGAGAUACUGGAGAUACGAGUGAGGAGGUGUCCGAGGAGCCGAAGGGCGAUGAUGGUCCCGAGGUUGAAGGCGAGGAAGCCGCUGAAGCGAAUGACCAGGAAUCCACUGAGAGUUCUGAGACUGAGGAAUCUUCUGCGACCGAGUCAGCAAGUGAUGAGCCGCAAGAAGCAGCAACAACAACGGAAGAAGCUCCCGUUCCUACAGAGGCGGCAGCGUUAGAACCUGAACAAGCAGCCGAAGACGUGGCUGCAGAUGACGGCGCGAAAGAGGAAGCACUCGCUGAAGUAGAGCAGGCGGUUGAAUCUGCAGACGUAACGGACCCAGUGCCUGAUGAACCAAGCGCCGAAGAGGAAUCAGCAUCUCCUGAAGAGAGCAAGACGGAAGAAGCAGCCGCCGAAUCGACCGAAGAGCAUCAAGAUGCUGCCGACGAGGCACCUGCUGAGCCGUCUGCCGAUAGCGGUGAAUCUGAGGAGCCAACAGCGGAGGCGGGCGAAGACAUCAAGGAGGCUGCGGAGGAAGCGACCGAAGAACAUGAAGAUGCUGCCGAUGAGGCACCCGCUGAGCCGUCUGUCGAUAGCGGUGAAUCCGAGGAGCCAGCAGCUGAGGCUGGCGAAGACGUCAAGGAGGCCGCGGAGGAAGCAAUCGCCGAGCCCCCAGCCGAAGAGCCCAAGUCCGAGCCACAGGAAGAGGCUGUAGUGGAGCAAAGCGAAGCCGUUGCAGAGGGCGAUGACACUGCCCCUGCUGAAGAAAGUAAGGACGAUUCUAUCGUCGAGCCUCCUGAUGAAGAUGCCAAGGAUGCUCCCAUCGAAGAGCCUUCUCCUGAAGAAGAAACGGCAGCAGCAGCCGAAGAUCCCGUCGUAGAAGUCAAGGAGGAGGCGCCAGAAGAGACACUUCCUGAAGCCGUUCCAGAAGCAGCAGCCGAAGAGCCAGCUGCGGAGCCAAAAGACGAACCUGCAGAAGAAGCAGCUGCAGAACCAUCAGCCAAGGAAGAAGAAGCCGCCAUUCCAGCCGCACCACCAUCACCCCACCUCAGCAGAAGCAGCGGAAGCAAAAGCAAAGCCGCAGCAUGGGAACGCCCUCACAAGACAAAGAAACGUUCUUCCACCUCCGACAAGUCAUCUUCAAAACGCAGCAGUCGCCCAGCCAAAGACUACGUGGAUCUAGUCUCUACUCGUGAGCACCGCUCUCACAGGUCGUCAGGGUUGACUCCCGAAGAACUUGCCGCGAAGCAGAGACGUCGUGAAGAAAGGAAAGCAGCAGAACGUGCGAGAGCUGCAGAAGAAGAGAGGAGGUUGGCGGAGGAAGACGAAAGGAGAAGGAUUAGACACGAGGUACGGCGGGCUGCGAGGAAAGCUGCUGCAGAGGAGUAUGAGAGGAUCGCGAGGGAAGAGGCUAGAUUGGAGGCUGAGAGGCAAAGACGGAGGAGGGAUUCGUAUCGUGAGCCCGAGAAGAAGUCUGCAAUGGGACUUCUCGGGUUCUCGACUGGAUCGUCUUCGUCAUCAACGUCGAAACCGGGAUUCUUUGGUCGAACGAAUAGCGGAGACGUGAAGCCGUCCAGUAGUUCGAGGAGAGAUGGAGACCGUCCUAGGCAUUCUUCGCGACGGGAUAGUGCGAGGGAAGUCCCACGAGAGGCGGACGCCGCACCGGGUUCCAGUUCCCACGGCAGCGGAAGCAAAGCAGACGGUUCUGGCUCUCACCAUCGACGACGACGUCGCCAUCGAAGCGAUGGUGACCGACCGGAGCACAAACGAAGGGAGAGCGAUCGAAAGCACGGGGGGGAAAGAGAGCGUGAAGCAGAUGGAGAGAGGGAGAGGGAGAGGGAACCUCAUCGUCGCAGUACCAAGCGUCCUGCGGCACCUGAGGCGAGACCAAAGUCUGGAUUCUUCAGGUCGUUGUUCGGGGGUCUCUGA